UCUUCUCCUCUUAUACCUGAAACUUCUCAUCACGACACUCAAAAGAUCGAAGCUACCAUUGUUGAAGAAAAAAGCAUCAAUGGAGGUUUCUAUGAAAGGCUUCACGCUCUGUCUUUUGCUCAUGGCGCUGCUCUCAGCUUACCGCGCUACCUCAAUUAACGAGGGCAAUGUAGGAACGGGGAGCUUGCAGAGCUCGAAGAACUCGUCAAUGGUGGAGAGGUCGGGUGACACUCUGAUGAAUGAGCACGCCGUUGAUAAUCCAGAGGAGAUAGCUUCUAUGGUUGAUACGACCAUUCGCAACCAUACAGCAAGAAGGAAUCUGAAUUUCUUCUCAUGUGGAUCUGGCAACCCGAUCGACGACUGCUGGCGCUGCGACAAGCGCUGGUUCGCUCACCGAAAGCGCUUGGCAGAUUGUGGCAUUGGUUUUGGCCGCAAUGCCAUUGGAGGCCGUGAUGGAAGGUACUAUGUUGUCACUGACCCUGGCGAUGAUGACCCUGUUAAUCCCAAACCCGGCACUCUUCGCCACGCUGUUAUCCAAGACAGGCCAUUGUGGAUAGUCUUCAAGAGGGACAUGGUCAUUACUUUGAAACAAGAGCUCCUCAUGAAUAGCUUCAAGACAAUAGAUGCUCGUGGUGUCAAUGUUCACAUUGCUUAUGGUGCUUGCCUCACACUACAGUUCAUCACCAAUGUAAUCAUCCAUGGCCUCCAUAUCCAUGAUUGCAAGCCAACUGGGAACGCCAUGGUUCGCAGCUCGCCGAGUCAUUAUGGAUGGAGGACCAUGGCUGAUGGCGAUGGAAUCUCAAUUUUUGGUUCAAGUCACAUUUGGAUUGACCACAACUCGCUGUCCAAUUGUGCUGAUGGACUCAUUGAUGCCAUCAUGGGUUCAACUGCUAUUACCAUUUCUAACAAUUACUUUACCCACCAUAAUGAGGUUAUGCUACUAGGACACAGUGACUCCUAUGUUCGGGACAAGCAGAUGCAAGUAACGAUUGCCUACAACCAUUUUGGGGAGGGUCUAAUCCAAAGAAUGCCAAGGUGUAGACAUGGAUAUUUCCACGUAGUAAACAAUGACUAUACUCACUGGGAGAUGUAUGCAAUUGGCGGCAGUGCUGAUCCCACAAUUAACAGCCAGGGCAACAGAUACCUUGCCCCUCAGAACCCUUUUGCUAAGGAGGUGACAAAGAGGGUGGAUACAGGGGAAACAAUAUGGAAAGGGUGGAAUUGGAGGUCCGAGGGAGACCUUCUUCUGAAUGGAGCAUAUUUCACUUCAUCAGGAGCCGGAGCUGCGUCAAGCUAUGCCAGAGCCUCGAGUCUUGCCGCCAAAUCCUCUUCUUUGGUCGGAACCCUCACCUCUGGCGCCGGUGUUCUUAGCUGCCGCAGGGGCUACAUGUGUUAAAAUACCAAACAGGAUGAUGAUAUAUAAAACAUUGGGAAGAAAGAAAAGUUUUCAUUCUUCUUCUCCCGUCAUUGUUUUACAUUUGUUACAGUCUUGUAGAUGUAUCCCAUUGAGUUUGCAGCAAUUGUGGUGACACCGUAUGUCGUGUCUCGUCCCCAAGUUAGAUAUCAUAUUAAAAAAAAAAAAAUUUGUACAUGUUGUCACAUACGUCGACCGUUAUCAAAUUGAUAACAGUGAAUUGCUUAAAAGAAGCCGUUUACAAGGCUUCAAUUAUGCAAAGAGCAUUUACCCCUUAUAAUUUCUAUUAGGGGGAAACAAAUCGUCAAAUCAUAUUCUACUCUUAGUCUUACUAUGUAGUUUCUUUUUUCCCCCAGUUAUAUAGCGUCAUAGAAUUCGGCCUUUGUUUGCCCCUGUUUUUAUAUGCUCUUCGUGAUUUGUCCCAAACAAAAAUGGGCCAGAAAGGGGAAACAGUUUGUAUUAUUGGAACAGUUAUUGCAUUU